UCGCUUUCAUUCAGUCACGGGCACCACUCAACCACAGUCGGAUCUCUACAGACGGAUCACACCACCACCACCACCUCGACUUUCCCAUCCACAACACCGCCACUGCCACCGCCACUAUGAACAAGUACGGAAUGUUGGCCAUCUGCCUGCUGGCCGCUUUGGGCGCCCUGCUCCUGGAAGUUAGGGCCACUCCGGCGGCCACCACCCCCAAGUUGGAUCCCAGCCAGCUGGGCGGACUUUCGGCCCAGUUCUUGCCAGCCGAGUAUCGCAAUACGAACGUCAGCGUGGAGGACAUCAAGCGGAUGUAUCGCGAGAAGUGCAAGAAGGUAAACGGAGCGGACAACGCGACCUUCUACGAUGAGAUCGAGAAGGCGGCGACCAAGAUGAGUGCCUGCAUCAGCGGAGUGGCCAAUCUGACGGCGCUGCAGGAGGAGAUGGAGCUGGCGAGGCCGAAUGGUGACCUGGACAACGUGUUCCACAAGUACUGCCUGAAGGCCCCCGAGGCGGAGGCGUGCGUGAAGGAGUUCAAUGCCAAGGCCCAGCAUUGUUUGACCGCCGAGGAGAAGCGUCACCAGGAGACGGUGCAAAGAAUUGGAGCCGCGCUCCUGGGAUUCGCCUGUUCUCGCGGUGGCGAUCAAAUUGCCCUCUUCAUCGCCGAACAGGGACCCGAAUGCCUGGAGGCCAACAAGGAGGCAAUUAGCAAUUGCUUGAACCAGUCCUUCCAUCAGUACAUCCCCAAGGACGGCCAGGUUCCCGAUCUGAUGAGUAGCCCCGAGCUCCUCUUCUCGCCCACCCACUGUGUGGAUUUGCAGCGCUUCGAGUCCUGCGUCAUCCAUCAUUUGGAGCAGUGCACCGAGAUCACGCCGGCGAAUAUUGUUCAGUCCGUCUUCCGGUUUGUUAAGAACGAAACGGACUGCCAGGCCUGGAUGAAUGCCCGUGCCAAUGAGAAGCCCAUUCUGAUGGCCGCCGCCAACAACUCGAGCAAUAAUACCGCCAGUGGACUCACCUACUCCCUGGCUGCCCCUCUUUUGGGCGCCACUUUGCUCCUGAUGCGCCCCUGAA